AUGGUGGGCAGCGUGUGGGCAGCUCUGUUCCUCUCCCUGACCUGCCUCUCGGCCUUCAGCCUCCUCUCCCCGGCCUGGUUCCAGACCCCCACCUUCUCCUUCGGUGUCCUGUCCUAUUGCUCCUGGCCUCAAGGUGACAGCUGGAACCAGAGCUGUGGGAUCUUCAGGUCCCUGGAUGAUAUUCCUGACUCUGCCUGGAAGGUCUCCGCUGCACUUCUCCUUGGAGGCUGGCUCCUGUUGGCCGUUAAUGCUCUUCUCCUCCUGGCCUGGGUCCUGGCCCCCAAACAGCUGUGCCCAAGGAGGGGCAGUGGCAAAAUGCCGGGGGUGCAGGCAGCUGCAGUCAUCACCACCGCUGCGGGCCUGCUGGUCUUCCCGGCCGGCCUGGCCUCCCCAUUCGCCAAGGAGGCCUGCGGGGCCCCCUCUGUGUACCGCAGCGGACAGUGCCAGCUAGGCUGGGGCUACGUGACCGCCAUCCUCACCACAGGCCUGGCCAGCCUGCUGCUGGUGAUCAGAGGGCCCCACACGACCAAAGCCCCGGGGAGGACCGUCCGCUUCUCCAGCGACACUGAGAAAAUCAUCCUUAUGCCAGAAAUGGGCAAAUAA